UGUACUGACAACUUGAAUAGUGAAAAGUGAAAGCAACAACGAAACGCAAGUAACUCAGAUGUAUAUUUUUCCAUUAAAAAACAAUAUUUAGGACAAAACUACUUAUUACCAAAUAAUUUUCAAUUAUUCGAAAAUUUUAAAAUAUUUUUCAAAACAAAAUUUUCUGCCUUUCAUGAGAUGGAUUUCUCAGAUAUAACAGGAAGUGUAACGAAUUUCGUUGAAAAUUAUGGUUGGUAUUUUCUUCUGAGUACCGUAGUGGGAUUUUACCUUUACAAUGUUCAUCUUAAGGAAAGAAUUAAAGAGUAUAUGAAAUGGAAAUCAGAGCAGGAAUACUCAGCUAAAUAUCAUAAGGAUCCAGAUCUUUUGGAGAGACGUUUGAAUGCUCAACAGGCUUAUGCUGACAAGUUACAAGAAAAAUAUAAUAGAGAAGCUGCAGAGCAUAAGAAGAAUGUUGAAGAGAAAGAGGCUCAAAAACGAGAAAAUCUUUUAAAUAAACUCCAGGGAAAAGGGGGCGCUAAACUAGGAUCAUCUUCUAAACCUGACUAUAAUCCCCUUAUGGGAGCUGGUACUUCUGGCGGAUACAGGCCACCUAAAAAAAGUUGCUGUAAAAAGGGAGGUGGUUGUGGGUAAAUAGUUGCAUUUAGAUUAUAAUACAAAUUUUCAGAUUCUGGUAUUUGCCUUAACAAUUAUUUUGGUUGGAUGUAUUUGUAACAUUUUAUAAUCAGUACUCGAAAUUCAAUGUAAUCUAUUCUACAUGAAAAAGAUUUUUGAUGGAUGAAAUAUGUGAUUAAAAUUAUGAAAUAUUUAUAUUUUAUUAAUAUACUGAAUAUAAUAAAUAUAACUAUGACCUAA